AUGGAGCCUCGCGGUACCAAAGAGACGGACCAUAAGCAUGACGACAGUUAUACUCGGCCUCCACGCGUCAGCUUCGGUUUUGAGCUAGAAUUCCUGGUGGCUGUAAACCCAAGGGAAGUUGAAGCAGAUGACAGCAUCCCUGGCCUUGCGCCAGCCACGGGCCAUCAUGAUGGCGUAACAGCAGUUCUAGAACUGCUACGAGAUCAUGAAUUCUGUGCAAGGACGGUACAAGAGGAUUCUGUCGCGAAUAAAAGUGAAACGAAGGAAUAUCCAUGGAUUGUCACGACAGACGGUUCUGUGUCAGAGUCUGGAACAGAGUGGAAGAAGGAGGCUUAUGCAUGGGAUGCGGUGGAGAUAGCAAGCCCACCGAUGUAUGCUUGUGAUGAGGCAUACCGGCUCGUGUCAGUUGUUGUUAGACUUUUGACUAAUAACUUACGUCUUCGGGUCAAUACCUCGUGUGGCUUCCACGUUCAUGUCGGCAAUGGGCCCCAUCAGAUGGACAUGCAUGCAUUGAGAAACUACGCGGCCCUCCAGUGGGCAUCCGACCCGGUGCUAUCUACUCUCCAUUCCCCGGCGCGAAGUUUUGCUCGUUACUCCAAGUCUAUCCGGCGCUUUACUGGUGUUGAGUUGAGUGGCAACGUGACUGCCGGCAUGGCACGGCGAGAGGCUAAGGGGCUGAAUUUCAUACCUCGAUACAUUUCACGGGCGAGGAAGCUCGGAGAAGAUCCUGUUGCUUCUAACGUGGUACUGAUCGAACGUCUUCGCGAAGCCCGCGAGAAGGAAGACGAUGGAACAAUCCUGGAUCCUGAGUGCGAAAGUGAUGGUUCCGACUACGAGUGCGAAGACGGCAGACCUUUCGAUCGACCAAGGAAGGCCAAAGGGGUUGGGCGAGAAGCUCGUUACAUGCCCUACGUCAGAGAGUUCAUCAACGAGGACAAGGCUAGGCGUUUAGAUGAUGAGUCCAACCGUGCCCGCCGUGAUCUACCACCACAGCUGGAUUUUCCAGCCUCCCAGUGCAUCGCUUCUUGUGGGUCAUCUGAAGGCGUGCCUUUGCUAGACGAGCAACGGAAGAAAAUGAAGGCUGUAUCUAGGCAAGCGGACAUCCCGUCACCGGUUUAUGAAAUGGAGUACGACAAAGGUGAUGACGAUGAUGACUCACUGAAAGCAUCAAAGAUUGCUUGGAGAGGAGUCACCGAGCUUCUGGCCUGCGACGUGGGCGUGCAUCAGGUCGCACAUCUCAUCGCCCAUGGUCGAAAGGAGACUCACGGCACUGUCGAGUCUCGGCUCGCAGCCGGCAGCCUCGAUGCCGAAUGGAUCGUCACUUGGGCCAAGAUACAGUGUCGUAUGCUCGAGUGGGCACGGGAUGCGGACCCUUCACAGCUGAUGCGUGUCAUUGGCAAACUCUCCCAGUACGACGUAUCUCGCGAGUGCACAUACGACGUCUUGGACUUCCUUAGGGAGCUCGGUAUGUAUACCGAGCUCAAGCACUGUCAGGAACGUCUGCUCAGAGCUGAGGAAGCAUGGUUCGAGUGUAUGAUGUUGCAAGUACGUGGCUCCUCUUACUCGGAAACAUCACCCUAUCUAGAGUCUUGGUCUACAGGUCCCGACAGGGAGGACUCGAGCGACGCCUGGAGAGUCCCUGAUGGUUCAAGAGAGACUUGGGGCGCCUCUGGCGAAGACGGGGGAGAUGAGUGGCAAGUGCCCUUGAAUCCAUAUGUAUUGAGCCAUUGA